AUAGAAACACGAAGUGGCGAUGGAUGCGACGCGCAUUGUUUAUGUAAGACUGGCGCGAGAAUUAUACGUAUCAGAGGAAAUUCGACUCCAUUUCCCAUGAGCACCCUCUCAGGCUAAAACUACAGAAGACAACAUGGCGGGAAUCGGGGCUUUCCUGAAAAAUGCGUGGAAUAAAGAGCCUGUUAUCGUGGUGUCUUGUGGAAUCGGACUGAUAGGUAUGAUACUUCCCUUCAUCAGCCCCUUAACAAAAUAUACAGCAAUGCUAAAUUCAGCUGUGCCAUACAACUACCCAGUUCCUGUCAGAGAUGAUGGAAACAUGCCCGAUGUUCCAGCCCAUCCACGCGAGGCUAAAGGUCCGAAUUUGGAUUGGAUCAAGAGUUUAUAACUUCAUGUCUCCCAAUCGUUGCCCAUUUUGCUUCUCUUGUUCUCACAUUUGCAUAGUUUCCCCUAUUGUCUUUGUCUGACAGUAAAGACUAUUUAAUUCUA